AUGGUAUCAGAACAUGGACGCCACUCUUACGCCGCCGCCGUCUCCGGCACAAACGACGCCACCAUCUCCGGCACAAGCGACGUCAACCAAACUACGCAAGCCGACCCUCCAAUCUCAGAAUCACCGGCUAGCACUGUUCCAGGAACGAUUCCGCAGAGGAAUCAAGUCAAUCAACAGAGAAGUCUCAAUGCAAAGGAGUUGGAGAAUCCGCUCAUCCUAGGCAUCAACGACAACCCGUCAGCUGUGCUGGUUAGUCCACCACUGGUAGGGAGUUCCAACUAUGGAACUUGGUGCGUUAGCAUGCGUAUUGCCUUAGAGAUUAAAAAUAAGUGGAGUUUGAUCGAUGGAAGCAUCACGCCGCUUAGCAGAGAGCAUCCACAGUAUUUGGCAUGGAGACGCUGCAACCUGUUGGUUUGUUCGUGGCUAUUCAAAGCGGUGCACCCUUCGAUCGCACAAAGUUUAAUGCAUCUUGACAAAGGCAGAGAAAUUUGGGAGGAUCUACGGAGAAGAUUCUCGCACUGUGACGCUCAGCGGAUCUCCAUUCUACAAAAUGAGAUAUACAAUAUGAAACAAGGUCUAAUGUCUGUGAGUGAUUAUUACACCAAGAGCAGCACAUUAUGGGAAGAGAUGAACACGUUGAGGCCACUUCCCAUUUGCAAAUGCAAUCCAAGGUGUGCGUGUGACAUAGUGGAUGAAAUCCGAAAAGAAAGAGAUGUAGAUCAGGUAAUCAGAUUUUUGCAGGGGCUGAAUGAUGAUUAUAAUAGUCUGAAAUCUAAUAUUCUCGUUUUGGAUCCCCUACCUGAGUGCAAAGCAAUGAAAGUUUCGCAGGUGAAGGAGCUGUUACAGCAGCUCUGA